AUGCUGAGGAUCCGCCACAAACAAUACGCAGGCACCCUCCGCUGGAUUGUUCCUGGGCCUCAGGGGAGGGUGGCGGUGUCCACAUCACCGCUGGGAGCCAGCGACUUUGUACACCGUCCCCUCCCCGAAGGUACGUGUCAAGCUCGUCGGAGGGUGUCUGUGUACAUAUUUUCGUGGCGUAGAGUAGCAGGGCGUGGUGUCGUCAUCAUCGCCGUCCGUGCGUUCUUCCUCUUCCGCAGCGGCUCGAGCGCCUGGGCGCUCGCCGCCGUGCGGCGCGGCAGCCUGCAGGUAGGUCGUGGUGCGGCGGCCGCCCCAGUCGUCGCAGGUGCGCGCGGCGCCCGCCUCCUGCCGCCAAGCAGCGGCCAGCCGUGCUGCCUGGCAGGCGCCGCGCGCAUCGCGCCUCGGCGACUGCAGAGGGUGUUGUUACUCCGGGCCACAGCCUUCGGAGUCGCCGAACACCUGGAGAGAUCGCGCAGAGCAUUCAGCUGGCGACCCCCAGCAGCAUGA